ACUCAGGCUUUUAACGCGGUGCCUAAAGGGUCCUUCCCGGCAACAGCAACAUGUGAAAUGUGUUUCUAGGUUUCUACUUGACUAAACGUGUUUAAAAGUUGGCACCACUGUGUAAUAAUGUGAUAAUUUAUGUCACUUUACAUUUUUGUUCGACGCUGUUACGACUUUCCCGUUCUAACUUCUUGGAGCAUGCUUAAACCUGAUUGGCUGUGUUUACAGACGCGUGCAAAAUGAGCUCUGAGGUGUGCCCAUUCUGCGGGAAAACUUACAAAAGGUUGAAGAGUCACCUGCCACAUUGUAAGGCAGCGGCGAGCUCCAAAACACCUCUGACCAAACAUGAUGUCACAGUGAAUCAGACAACAUCUUCUCAGCUGGCCGCAGCAUCAUCAGGACCAAUAGCAGAGUUCACACAGACAUUGUCAACAACAGCAAGUCCACAAUCAAAGAAGAGUAAAAAGAUGUCUGUGGCAUCAUCAGCAGAAACACAGUCAUCGUCCCCGAGUUGUGCAUCACUACCACCAUCAGCCAAGAAGAAGAAACAGAAGCUGCCUGACCAAACCAAGACAGCCGUCAUGCCCUCCUCUACCAUCUUUUCCCUCGCCUCCUCUACAUCGCUACCUCCGUCUCCCACCAUCUCUAAACCCAAAAAGAAGAGUCUCCGUGCUUUGACAGAAGCUGCGAAGUCCAAACCGGUUUCUAAGGCAUCACUGGGGGGAAUCAGAUCUGCCUCGGAGGACCUGCCUCCAGGUUCAACUCCAUUUGUGGCAGAUCCUGUAAACUCCACAGCCAUAGGUGAGAACAAAACUAAACCCGACAAAGACUCAAUAAAAGACGGGGCCAAACCCACUAAAAUGAAGACGUCAAAGACGAAGAAGAAGGCUGCACAAGCCCUUCCCACAGCCAAAGAUACCUCUAUCUCUCUAGGCUCUAAUGUAAAUGAAAGUAGUGUGAGAGCCCAUGUCACAGACAACUUCUGGACCGACACUGAAGGAGAAGUUGAGGAUUUAUCUGUGGAUAAAAUAUUGUUGAAAUCAGAAAGCGGUCACAAGGGCAGGAUUACCCUCCAGGAUGUUAAAGCCACGUUAGGCCGAGCUCACGCCGCCCGUCAGUCCAGCAGGCCAAGCAUCCGGAGCCAGAUUGAAACUGCUGAUGAUCUAAGCAGCAAAAUCAGACUUAGUCUCAGUCCAGUUCCACUCCCGACGGGGAAUAAAGAUAGCUGCUUGGUUACAACUAAAACUCUGUCAGAUCAGCUGCCCGGCAUCAGUUCACAACACACAGAGCUACAAUCAGUUAUGAGAAAAAGUUCAAAUUCUAAACAAUCAGCUUUAGUCUCCCUGCAACAGCUUGAACUAACCUCCCCUGCACCUCCCCUCCUUCCUGGCUCUCUAUUGUCUCAAGUGAGCAAAGCCACGUCCCCUCCACGUUCCGUCAGCAUGAAAGAGGGGAUGAAUGUGACAGGACUCCUCACAAUCUCACCAUCACUCACAAAGUUUUCCAGCCCUCUGAUGGCGGCGAGGUUGGAGACAUUUAGAGUUGAUGAUGGGUCGAAGUCUCGGCUCGAGGUCAGGAACCAAAACACUGCUGAUAAUGGAACUAAAGGUCAGUAUGACGGUGCUCUGACACAGCGGAGUCUUGGGCAGGUGAGACUGAGGGAGUUGUCUGAGUGGCUGUUCUGCAAAACCCCCAGCCGUCCAAAAGAGGUGGUGGAAAUGGUGCAAGGAGGCUGGCAGUGGUAUUACAAGAAGUAUAUUGACGUGAAGAAAGGCGGUAUAGGUGGACUGAGCAUGAUGUUAGCCGGGUACUGUGUGCUCAGCUACAUCUGGAGUUACCCUCGUAUAAAGCACGAUCGCUGGAGGAAGUACCACUAAUGUCAAGGGAAGAUGUUCGGACAAGCGUGACUCUGUAUGAGCAAACAGCAGUUUUGGUUCAGCACUUUUAGGCUUCUAUUCUCUUAAUAAUAUAUAAAUAAUCCAGAUGUAAACAUUUUCACAGGAUUUAUGUCUGAGAAGUUGAUACUGGUUUCUGUUCAACAUGGUAGCUCACCCUGUAAGCCCAGUGUGUUUUCUUAUACGACUCUUAAUAUGGAACUACAGCCAGCAGAUGGUUAGCGUAACUUAGCAUAAAGACUGGAAACAGCUAACAGCUCAAAUGCUAACAAAAUCCACCUUUCAGCACCUUUUUAAAGCACCUUUUAUUUUAUUUGUUUAAUCCUUACAAACACUGAGGUGGUCACAGUGACCUUUGAACUUUAACCACAAAAUUCUAAUCAGUUCAUCUUCGAGUCCAAAUGGAUGUUUGUGCCAAAUCUGAAGAAAUUCCCCCCCGGCGUACCUGAGAUGUCGCGUUCACGAGAAUGGGAUGGACAACCUGAAAAGCAUAAUGUCUCCGGUCCCAGCAUUUUAAACUAGCUGUUUCCAGUCUUUAUGCUAAGCUGCUGGCUGUAACUUAAUAUUAUAAUCAAAUAUGGGAAUAUGGUAUUUAUCAUCUUAUUUAUCUCUUUACCUGAAAGUGAAUAACCAAAUUUCAAACUAUAUCUUUAACAAUUGGAAGAGUUGUGAUUCUGAUACCAGCAGUUUUAUUCACCUGUACAGGUCAUCUGAAAUGAAAACUGUGGCCAUUAUUAUUUAUUUAUUUAUGUUAAUAUUACAGGUAGUUUGCUUUGAAUCUUGUUUUACUUUAAGAAGGAAAAAUGUUCACCAGAGAACUACUGAAGAUUCGUUUUUAUUGGGAUUUCUUUGAGUACUACUGUGUAUGUCCUUAGGGCUCCACUAGGUGUCAUUGUUGUGUUGUGUUACCAAAACCAAAAGGGCUGGACAGUCAAAUGUUUGCUAUGCAGAGUUUUCUUAGCUCCUUUGUGCAGGGGUCCAUGAGGGGAUUAAAGGGAACCAAGAGAUUUUUAAACUUGAUUAAAAUCUUACUCCGGCAUCCCAGAUGUAGAGAAACAUUCAAAUGUCCUGACUUCAGAAUCUGUAAAAAGAUCUUAUCUGUGCAGCAGAGGGUUACAAACCUGUUUUUCUUUAGGAAAUGUUUCCCCUGUCACAUGUGAUUAUGCAUGCUUAGUCUGCCAGACACUCACAGAAUAGUAAUGGAGGGACGCU